AUGAGGGAAUGGAUACUAGUGUCUUUGUGCGCAGUGGCAUUUGCCAAACAUGCAAAUCUCUGGAUGAAAGUCAUACUAUGUGGCUCCAGCUUCUCAAGAACAGCUGUCGAUCUUGGGAUCUCUAGAGAGCAAAUUAGACCGAAUGACGAAAUAUCUCAUAGAGUUCACAACGAAGAUAUCAAAUCCCAGCUCGAUAUUGAAGAUGAGAUUAUUGAAGCAAGGCAUGCAGAGUUUCGCGCUAGAAGCACACCGGAAAAACCUUACGACAAUUAUCUUCGAUUGGGUGCCGUAAGAUAUAAUUUAACCUCGGUAUUUCGAAUAUAA